AUGAAGCAUAGAUACGAAGCGAUCUGUUCAAGUUGUCUCAAGUUCUCGCAUCUUGCGCCUCGCUCUCAGAGCUUGAGUCGUCAACCCUACUUGUCAAGUUCUUGCGCAUUACACAUAAUACUAGUGCGUGCGUGUAACCCGAGUGGGGGCGGGGGUGGAAGCGCAGGACACUACUAA